UACUCCCAGAUCACCGACAGAGAAGCUUUUUGUUUGCAUUUCAAUUGGUUUGCAACACUCGGUGUCUUCCCCACGCUCUAGCUGAUGUUAAUUCGCACUUUUAUGGUCACCGGUGGGGGUGAGAAACCGUAGCGAAACGUUAUCGACCGUGGUCCCCGGCAAGCAGCAAAUCCCUCCGGCGCGACAGCUGAUCGAGAGGAGUUACCUCGGAUCACCCAGCUACAGCAGCAGCGGCCUCCAUUUUAACUUCGACACCGAGCCGUACCUCACGUGUCCUGGGCUGUCUCUCUCACAUGACCCGAGUGUUUGUUCCCGUGAUCAGCACUUCCAUCUCCGUCUGUGACACCGAAUAUCACUUUUUAUUUCAACACUGAUGGAUAUGCUUGAACCGAGUCUGGACACCGCAAGCCAAGAAAAACAAGAAGAGGAGGUUGUCCAGGGAUCUGAAGACGGGACAGGAGAAGAACAGACAGCUGUUACAAUAGCCAGUGUACCUCAGGCUGCAACAUUUGGUGACCAUAACAUACAAUAUCAGUUCCGCACCGAGGGUGGGCAGGUGACGUAUCGUGUUGUCCAGGUGACUGACCAACACCUUGAUGGAAGAGAUGAUGCAGGAGGAGCAGUGAGCGUUGUCUCAACAGCUGCAUUCACCGGGGCUCCUCAAGCUGUGGCACAGGCUGUGAUCCAGAACCCUUUCAGUAAUGGAGGAAGCCCAGCAGGAGAGGCAGUGGGAGGGGAGACCCGCUUCGCUUACUUCCCCGCAACUGCGGUGAGCGACGGGACUGUGUCUGUGCAGGCCGCCACGGACCCCACACUCACACAGGCAGGGGGUCAGUUUUAUGUGAUGAUGACCCCUCCUGAUGUCAUUCAGACAGGAACACCACGAACCAUUGCUCCACGAACACAGCCAUACCCUGCAGAUGAAAACGAGCUGCUGCAACAUGAAGUUUUAAACUGGAAAAUGGAUGGACCCCGAACACCAAGAGAUGAAAGGAGAAGAGCACAACAUAAUGAAGUCGAAAGACGGCGAAGAGACAAGAUCAACAACUGGAUUGUCACACUUUCCAAGAUUAUCCCAGACUGCAGUAUGGAUAGCACCAAAACCGGAGCAAGCAAAGGAGGCAUCCUGUCUAAAGCUUGUGACUAUAUUCGUGAGCUGAGGCAAAGCAACCAGAGGCUGCAAGAGAGUCUGAAGGAAGUGGAGAGGAUACAAAUGGACAAUGAGUUGUGCAGACAGCAGAUUGAAGAGCUGAAAAAUGAAAACGCAUUGCUCCGAGCGCAACUCCAGCAGCACGGCAUUGAAAUGGUUGGAGAAACGCCACCACAGUGAAUGAAACCAAAAGAGCAGCGCAGGGCACACCCACUCAGACAUAUAACUGACACAGUGGGAAACAACGCAAGAAAAAAAAACAACAACAAAAAAAACGAGAGACUUUAUGGAGAAUCACUUUCUUUUUAGUGAAUGCAUCCUCCCCUGGGUUCCCAGGUUGUGAGCCCUUCACUAGCCGAUUUUGGCUGCACUUGACUUUUCCAAUCGUAUUGAGAUAACCACCCGCUGCAGCUGAGUAGAAAUGUGCUCCAAGAAAAGAUGCCCACUCACCUUUAUCAGGGUGCUUUACUGUAGGACUAGCUAUGAGAGAGACCCUCUGCUGCCCUUCUUUAUUUGUAUUUAUGUAGCUUCAUUCAUGGACUACGAUGUUUGUCAGUUAUUUCUUUCCUUCCCAAACCCUUUGCCUCGUUAUUAAUUUUGACUUACUUCAUGCUUUUAUUCUGUUUGUGUUUUUGAGUUCUGUAUUAAUAUUUUGUUUUUAGCCCCUUUAAUUUAUUAGUCUGCUUGCUGACAGAAGCCUUGAUGGAGACCCGUUAUGAUGAAAUUUAUGCAUCCAGAGAAGCUGACAUCAAAGUAUGAAAAACAUGAUUCUACAGACAGAAAUAAUGUGACACACAUAGCUUACCUAGACCCAAAGACAAACAAGAAUCUGUGCUUGCUGAUGAUUCUGGGCUGAUUUAUGUAAAUAUGGCUUCUCAUGUUUUAAUACAGAUGUUACAGAAUGUUAAAGCAGAUUAUCUCCGGGAGUAAACAAUCAAUAACUCAUUAGUUCCAUGCUGGCAAUUGUCAAAACAAUUACAACAAAGUGUGUGCAAUCUAUGAAGUUCAGUUUGCUGAGGCUAAAAUGUGGUUUACUUGAAGUGUUGGGCAUUUGCUGGUGAAGUGGUAUUUAAAUACAAAGUGAAAUGUUAGAAUGUGGAACAUGCAGACACGUCAAACUUCAUGUUGUGGAGAGGUGAGCGGGGCAAAUCCCAACUUUUGCCACAUAAUAUUUAGGUACUGUGGGUUUUGUUUUCAUCCUUUGUCGUGUGACUUACCUGUGUCCCAGUACAUGCAAGAAUAAUCCCCAUGUUUCAUUUCAAUCUGUUUGCUCUAUUUUGGUAUUGCAACACUUCAAAUGGAGCUCAACGCACAAGGGGGUGGGGGGCACCCUGGAGAGCAGUGCUCAAAGACUUUGCUCACUAUAGAAAAUGAGUACACGGAAAUUCUGUGUUGCAGUUCUUAGUUGAGCAUGACUCAUUCUCUACGAAAAGACUAAAUAGUUUGCAUGCGGGUAACUUGGAAAUGAUCUUACAUAUUUCUCCACCCACGCAGGCAAACAAUAAGUAAACUGUAAUUGGUUGUACAAACAGCAAAAGGCAACAUUAACGUUGCUGAAGGUUUUGUGAAUGAAUAUAAAUGAUGUGGUUUUUUUUUUUUGUUUGUUUGUUUUUUCCAACUUGGGAAAAUGUGAGUGGAAGAAAGAUGUCAAACUUCACUUAAUAGAGCACGAUUGCUUCUCCUUGUAUCAACAGCUCAGGAUCCAGCAAAGAAAAACCAACACUCAGACCCCUGGCAACAUCGGGCAGCCUAUCACAUUUUAAUAUCUCAGACUUGCUUGUGCUUUUAAAAGUGCUGUUCUGCUGCAACAACUGGAUUCAAACCUGGGCGAUAUAGUGCAAGUGUCUGGUCUAUCAAAUGAGGCUCCUAGCCAAAGUCGAAUGAUAGAUGUUUUGCAGUAGAUUUUUUUUUCUUUACACCUCAGUGAGGAGAGAUGUGAAUGUGAAGAAAUGAGUACUGCUUAAAAGAUGGUUGAUCACAAAUCAAAGGUCAUUCGUGGCUUACUUUUUUUUUCUUGCAUUUCUUUUUUGAAAUGGCAAAAGGAAGAAAAAAAAAUCCUCUUCUCCUCUGUGUAGCAGCCUCACUGUUCUCAGGUUAGAGACAUGUUUUCUAAGCAAAAUGGUGGAAAAUAAAACUUUCACUAUCUAAA